AUGUCUUCCGGUAACGAAGAAGCAACGCCGAACGUCCCCGCAAAGGCAGAGUUGAAUGCUGAGGGCUUUCCAAGCUUCAGUGAACAAGACAUCGGUGAAGCAUGGACAAAAUGUGCCGCGUGUUUGGAACAACACGACCACCAGUCAGUACAGUCUUGGAAGGAAGAAAUUGACACGCUGCUUGUAUUUGCUGGCCUUUUCUCUGCGGUACUUACCGCGUUCAACGUCCAAUCAUACCAGUUGUUACAACCAAACCCGAGCCCCGAUGCGACCAUCGUGCUACUUGCACAGAUAUCUACCCAGCUGAGCAGCUUUUCGGUUAACGCAGGCUUUAUCAACUCCACAGUUCCUCCCUUGGCUUCUGCUGCGAUCUCUAGUGUACAGGCGCAACCGGUCUUAUCGUCAUCCGUGCGAAUCAAUGCACUCUGGUUCUCCAGCUUGAUAUGCAGCCUCUCUGCCGCGUCUAUCGGGAUCAUGGUGAAACAAUGGCUGAGUCGGUUUACAAAUAUGCUUGCAAAUGCAUCUCGACCUGCUGCGCGGACGAGGCAGUUGCGGAACGAAAGUAUGAAGACUUGGCGCGUAGCCAAUAUCAUCAUGAUACUGCCUAUUCUGCUUCAGGGUUCGCUCGUGCUAUUCCUCGCGGGGCUAUUGGAGCUUCUGUGGACACUCAACGAUACUGUCGCCACUGUUGCGACGGUUUUUGUGGCUUGCCUAGGCGUCUUUCAAUUGUUCACGACCGUCCUACCUGCGUUUGUCCCCACUUGCCCAUACCAGUCUCCUCAGGCUCUCGCCUUCUAUAUUUUUGUCAUGCUGUUGAAAGCUCCAGCCCAAAAGUGGCGGACGUACUUGGGGUGGACGGGUCACCAGUUAGAUGACUCUCAGCUUGUUCUGUAUAACAAGAACUGGUGGGCAUACACCUGGGCAGAGAGGGAGAGGGAGCUCGUAGAUGAGUUCAGUGAGAUGCUGGACGUGCGCAUGCUCAUCGCUGCAGAUCUUGUCCUCGCUGACGACACCUUCUUGGAAACCGCCAUCAGGCCCUGCCUGGGCAGCAUGGAGCCUUCCGAAGCUGCGCAAAGCUUGGUCCAUAUUGUGGGCCAUUGCACUCGGACACAGGUCUUCUCGUCGACAAGGAUUCUGAAGUGGGAUCGCCGAGUAGGCGUUUUCCUCAAUCUUGUGGUCGAUGUCAUGUCUAGAUUGGAAGAUGGUGACUCUCUCGACGAUGCCACGAAGACGUUGUUGCAAUUCCUAGAGGAGGCCGUGUAUCUGAUCAUCCAUGAUCGACCCACCUUGCAGCGACUCCACGAUGUCAUGGUCACCCUGCUGUCGAAGGACACCGUGGGGAACACUAUUCACAGUCGUGCGUUCUCGGUGAUAAAACGGAUCAAUCACCUUACUGGGCAGAUUUCUGGCAUUAAAUUCACAGCGAACUACACUGGUUUGCGAGCUAUUGCUAGGUAUAUACGCUACCACCUCGACAAUGAGCGGAUUUCUCCGGAUGCACUCGGUGUAUUGCUGAGGUGUGCCAGUCGUCCCGGUUGCGUAUUAGACGCUCACCUGCGCGCUGUGCAUGCUGAACUGCUCCAAGCCAUGCGAGAUUGCUUCCAGUCGUGGGACCCAGUCCCGCUCGUGGAUCAUCCGAGACCCGCAAUGCUUCGCGUAGGUUCAUGUUUUGUCAAGCUGGCCCACCGCGUCGGCGAGUACGUGGAUAGCGAGUUGAUAGAAGAGCUGAUCAAGAUGUUCUCGAGGUACGAGGCGAUGCCCGUUUUCACGGGCGAAGAUAAGCGGGACCGGGCACAGACCGUUCCACUUCUGCGUGACUUGCAGACGUUGAAGAGCAAUUUGGCUUCGAGUCAGGAUCCGUCAUCCGAGCAAGCAAAUGUAAAGCCGUCGGGGCCCAGUCAAAGCUCUCCAUCUUCGGAACGUCGUGAACCCCCAGGGGUUUCACUGUCCACUGUCUCAAAUGGCGCUCUCGGGACACUCUCUUAG